AGUACCAAGCUGCCAUUUUGCAUUUGAAGAGGGAACACAAAGAAGAAAUCGAAACGUUAAAGUCUCGGUUUGAACUCAGGGUAUUCCAUAUUCGUGGAGAACAUGCUGUAUCAACUGCUCAGCUUGAGGAAACAAUUGCACAUCUGAAGAAUGAACUUGAUAAUAAAUUAAACAGAAGAAACGAAAAAGCAAAGGAUAUUAGUGUUUCUACUGAAGAUGAUAACCCACCAAAGACAUACCGAAAUGUAUGUAUACAGACUGACAGAGAAACUUUCAUAAAGCCUAGUGAAGAAGAAAACAGAGCUGUGAAAAAUAACCAAAUAGUACCCAAAAAGCUCAAUAUUUCUUCUUUGUCACAUAAUAUUUCUGCCCAAAGUGAAAAUAAGGACAAUUACAAUGUACAGUCUUCAGAAAGUGUCUUAUUUUGUCAACCAAAACAACUGCUGCCUCCUCCACCACAACCACCGGUGCCGCCACCACCUCCUCCUCCCCUUCCUGAUUCUUCACUACCAGGUUUAGUUCCUCCACCACCACCUUUGCCAAUGUGUACGACUUCACUGACAUCUCAGUUUGGAUCUGGCCCACCACUGCCACCUCCACCUUCUGAAAGCUAUAGGAAUUUUCAAGCACCGCCACCACCUCCACCACCCCCACUUCCAGGGUCAGGACCUCCUGUUCCUCCUCCACUGCCUGGAUCUGGGUUACCACCACCCCCUCCACCUCCUGGGCCUGGGUUCUUUUUUAAUAGCACUUUAUCUUCAAACCAAGGUCCUCGGAAACCUACCAUUGAACCUAGCCGUCCCAUGAAGCCUUUGUAUUGGACACGGAUACAACUACAAGAUAGCAGGAAAACUGCUAUGCCAACAUUAUGGGAAUCAUUAGAAGAACCUGAUAUACUUGAUACUACUGAGUUUGAAUAUUUAUUCUCCAAAGACACCACUCAGGAAAAACGAAAGCCAUUAUCAGAGACUUAUGAAAAAAAAACCAAGGCCAAAAAGAUUAUCAAACUGUUGGAUGGAAAACGGUCUCAAACUGUAGGAAUUUUAAUAUCCAGUUUGCACCUGGAGAUGAAGGAUAUUCAACAAGCUAUACUGUGUGUUGAUGACUCCAUAGUAGAUCUGGAAACACUGGAAGCACUAUAUGAAAAUAGAGCACAAAAGGAUGAACUGGAGAAAAUCAAGCAAUAUUAUCAGACUUCAAAAGAGGAGGAACUGAAGCUUCUGGAUAAACCAGAACAAUUUUUGUAUGAGUUAUCUCAGAUCCCCAACUUCACAGAACGAGCUCAGUGUAUUAUCUUCCAGUCAGUUUUCUCUGAAGGGAUAACAUCAGUGCACCGGAAAGUUAACAUCAUAACUCGUGUUUCCAAGGCUUUGCUGAACAUGACAAGUGUGAAGGAAAUUUUAGGCUUGAUUCUGGCUUUUGGAAAUUAUAUGAAUGGUGGGAAUAGAACUCGAGGUCAAGCUGAUGGAUUUGGAUUGGAAAUACUCCCCAAACUAAAGGAUGUCAAAAGCAGAGAUAAUGGUAUUAAUCUUGUGGAUUACGUUGUCAUAUAUUACCUACGCCAUUGUGAUAAGGAAGCAGGAACAGACAAGAGUAUUUUUCCUUUACCAGAACCACAGGAUUUUUUCCAGGCCUCCCAAGUUAAAUUUGAAGACCUAAUAAAAGACUUAAGGAAACUGAAGAGAGAUCUAGAAGCCUGUGAAAAGCAGAUGAAGUUAGUUUGCCGAGAGUCUUCUGAAGAGCAUCUCCAACCUUUCAAGGAGAAACUAGAGGAAUUCUUCCAGAAAGCUAAAGAAGAACGUAAAAAAGAGGAGAGUAGUUUGGAAAAUGCGCAAAAAUGCUUUGAAGAAAUAGUGGGAUACUUUGGGAUAAAGCCAAAGCCUGGUGAGAAGGAGAUCACACCAAACUACGUUUUCACGAUGUGGUAUGAAUUCUGCAGUGACUUCAAGACCAUUUGGAAACGAGAGAGCAAAAGCAUUUCCAAGGAACGAAUUAAAGUGGCUCAGCAAUCAGUAAGCAAGUUAACUGCGGAGAAGAAAGUUGAAACAAAGAAAAUCAAUCCUACAGCUAGCCUGAAAGAAAGACUACGUCAGAAGGAAGCCAAUGUGACAGCUAACUGA